UUUGAACCAUCUGUUUCCCAAGUUAUGAAGUCACGGAUGUAAACGUAAAAUUUAAUAAUCAUUUUAAUUAUUUCAUUUAAAGCCAGCCUCUGUCUUGCGCUCGAUUUAACGCUAAGAUCUUCCGAAACUGGUCGAAACUCUGGAAUUCGCGUCCCGGUCCAGAUUGGUCCAUCCAGCUCGCAGCGUGGAAUUUGCUUCAAACUGUGGAAACUAUUUAGCUGCCACGCCGAAUUGAAAGAGAAAGUAAAACGGACGCAGUCAUGUAAGUCAAGCGCUUGUCAAUUUCCCCCUGCAGUCUGCGAGCAACCCCGCAAGAAGUUCACACACUUCCUGAUCGCUUCGAGACACUGCUGAAGGGAGCUCAGCGGCUCCGUCCGUCAAGUCUCGACAUGGACGCGGCGGGGUGGCGGACGGCUCAGGCUCAUGCCUACAAAACGAGCUGCACAGGGGAGCGCAGCUGCGGUGCGGUUAUGAAGCGGUCUUCCGCCGCCAGAGGGGACGAGAAAAGGCUCAUGAACAGAACGAUCGGCCCCGCGCAGUUCCCGCGCCCGUUCACUAGAGGGAGAUUCUUUCGACCUAGGUUCUACUACAGGAGCAGGGACGACAGCUUUGCCCGGCGUGCUGGUUUCGGCCUGAGGCUCCACAGGUCCCCACGUGCCCCGGUCCUGUGGUCAGCGGUAAGGUCUCGCAGCCCGAGCGUGAGGCUGAAGCAUCCUGCUGCCCAGCACGCUGCAGUGCCGUCUAGGCAGGCCUCGGAGAACAAGCUGGAGAAGAGCACACCCACCGUAGUCUCGCAAAAGAAGAAAUCCGCCAGCCCAGAUCGCUCUCGGUCAUCCUCAAUGGGCUCGGUGCAAAGACCAUUGCUGUCAUUCACAGUCAAACAGGAAGAGCACUUCUGCAGUAGCAAGGAAGCUCUGUCCUCUGUUACACGCGCAGCAGCCAGAAACAGAGCCAUCCAGAAAAAAAGAGAGGAGAUAGAGGAAGUGUACCGGCGCGACUGCGACACGUUCGGCGUGGUGGUGAAGAUGCUCGUGGCGAAGGACCCGUCGCUGGAGACGCCCAUCCAGACGUCGCUGCGGGAGAACCUGCGCGACAUCGGCCUGCGCUGCGUGGACGCCAUGCGGCAGUUCAUCCAGGACUACGACUCCAGGGAGCCGGCCACGACGGCCCUCAGGCCAGGAGACGGCGGACGUCUCUCAGAGAAGCGACGCUCGCCUCUGUCGUUGAGGUAACGUUGCGGUAAAAGCACUGGUUCCUUCGUGGAGGGAGAAGAUCCGUGUCGUUGGAGGCUGACCUUAUAACACGGCGUUGGAAAGGUGGGGACGUGGCAUUAGACCACAGUGACAUUUUAACGACGCUGGCCUGGUUUAUCGUUAAAAUCUCUCGGAUUUACGGAGCAGCCGGUUUUAAAUAGGGCGAUAACCGCAUCAGUAUAUGUGUUUAACGGAUUUACUUUCUUCAGUUUUCAUCAAACAACAAAAACAAGCAACAAAUAACUAAAUACAUAAAUAAACAAAUAGAUAGAUACAUGGGUGCAAGACUAAGAAUACUCCUAUUCAACCUUAAAAAAUAACUUAAGACUCACCGAAUUGUGUGUUAAAACAAAGCAAUGAAUUAUGUCACGUUCGCAUGUGUUUAUGACUACGUUUCAAUACAUAGGGUUGUCUAACCUUUUUUCCUUUCUAGUGAAGAAAGCUUCAGUCCUUCAAAGAAAUGUUCCUAAUUAUUAAGUCCAGUGGUGGUAAGUGGUUCGUUUGUGAGGCGCUGUUUUAUCAAACUGUGCUCUGUAGAAAGUCUCCUUGUGAGUGUGAGAUACUAUUUUCUUCUGCAGAUCUUUACAGAAUAAAUGUGAAGCUUGAAUAUCGUCGGAUUCUAUCGCCUCAGAGCCUGCGCAAACGCAGACAAAAUAUUAGAUUAUAAAAAUUACAUUGUAAUUGCUGGAUGUCUGGUGAACUGACUCCACAGUGAUCACUUGAUAGGUUUAUAGUUGAAGGUAUGUCAAAAAUGUUAAAUGAAGGGCGGAGCAAUUUGUCAUUUUCCAUUAGAAAGCGAAAUGUGAAUUUUUCAGUUCUAGCACUACUUUCAAGCUGUAUAUUCACACAAAUAAAAAGUAGAAACUGUUUGAAUAAAUGACAUGUAACCAAUGUUAUAAUGCUGUAUUAUAAUAUUGUACUAUGUUAUCAUUCAACUGACUACAAACAUGUUGUUUUUUGUUUGUUUUAUACUGAAACAUAUUUAAUUGAUUUACUUGGCAAAACGUUUUAUAGUAUAUAUUUGCAAGCUAUAGAAAUUAAACAACGCUACUUUCUCAUGAUCAACUAAAUAUCUAUGAAGCUCCUUGAAAUUCCCAAAGUUCAUUAUCCAUACAUCAGUAUAAAAAUAAAUGAAACCCUGUGCUUAUUAA